ACCCCGCCUUCCUGCUGUGGAAACCCAGCAUUCCGGCAGGCUCCAACCGCCGGCCCGCCCCUCAGCACCGCCGGCGGGACGGGGUGGGGCGGCCGCCGCGGCCGCGCUCAACAUGGCUGCCCUCGUAACGCUGGUUGCAGCGGCGGCUGCUGGGCAGCAACAGAAUGACAGCUGUUCCAGUACUGCAGGUACUGGUCGACAAUUUCGGAACUGGAAGAUGAAAGCUGAACAAGCUGAGAAAGUUGAAUUCUUAAGAACUGCGGAAAAUCUAAAAACUCAGCUUGCAAAUCUAGAUAAAGACAAAAAUGGAGAUCUUUACAAUAGGAAGAGUGAUUUCAGGAUAGAAUACAGCAUACUAGAAGAAUUGGAACACAGCUUGACUGUCAGCAGGAAAACUGAAAAAGCUAAAAUCCUGCAGCAGCUAUCAAAAAUAAAAGACCGUAUGAAGAGACUUCAGCAUCAAUUAAAAUACAUGAAACCUACACCUGAAUUUGUUGACAAGCUCAAGGAAAUGAUGGAAGAAGUUGAAAAUGCAGUCAGUGCUUUUAAAGAAGAACAGAGGCAAAUAUAUGAACAACUUGUGAGAGAGGAGAAAACUGCCAUUAAUGAGCUCAGUGUCUUUGAGAGAAAAGUAGAACUGUGGGUGUUAGGCAGCUCAACAACAGCAAAAGUUUUGAAAUUGCCAUCAGUUAGAGUCUCAAUUGAUAAAACACUGCAAAAUCACCUACCUGAGGAAGUAGUAGAGUUUGAGAGAUUUCUUCAGCAAACAGGAGGGUGGCAAGGUGGCUGGGAUGAUUAUGAUCAUCAAAAUUUUCUGAAAGUAUGGAAAAAACACAAAGGAAGGCUAUCUUACGUGGAUGAAGCCCUUGAGUACCUCUCUGGAAGAACAAAAGAAGAUAUUUUACAGCAUGACAAAUGGUAUCAAGAAUUUAUGAUUCUACACAAAAGAAAGAAAGAGUCAAUUAAGAGGUGGAAAGAAAAGCAGCAGCAAGAAAAACAAGCAAACUUGAAGGAGAAAAAGAAAUCAGAAAAAAUGCUCAAGAAAGAAUCGCUACAGCAUGAAGAAGCUCAAAAGCAAAAAGCAGCAGAAGAAAGAAAAAGGCGACAAGCAGCAAUAGAAGCAUGGAAGGAGCAGAAAGCAAUAGCAUUGGCAAUGGACCAAGCAUCACAACUAAAACUAGAAGAAAAGAAGGAGAAACAGCAACAAAAAGAACGCCAACGCCAGUGCCACCUGAAAUUAGUGUUGGAAAAGUACACCUUGCUGAAGAAAGAAAAAGAGGAACUUGAGAAGCUUGAAAAGGAGAAGAGAGAAGAAGCGGGAAAGGAGGAAAGGAAGAGAAUUGCUGCAGAAGAAAUUGCUAAGUUCCAACAGCGUGAUCUACGGAAACUGGAGCUAAGGAUUCUACAAAAACAAGCUAAAGAAGCAGAGAAACGAGAAAAAGAAAAAAGGUUGGCAAAGUUAAGAGAGCAGGUUGAAGUUCACGUUAACAGAGACCGGUCGAGGCUGUACAGACCUACCAAGGGCUGGGAGGAACGUGCAAAAGAGGUCGCACCACCAGUAUCAGAACCAGUUCUACAUAUUCCUCGUAGAGCUGUCCCAGCCUGGAGAAAGGGCUGUAGAUGAGCCUGCCGCAGGGUGAGGGUGGCUUUGAGCAGCGGAGCGGCCGGCAGCCCCCGGGAGCUGCCACAGAACUUGAUGGACACGGUGACGUGUGUUCGCUGUGCAUUGUGUGAGCGCGGGUGUGACACGUCACACACCGCCUUGCGCCACGCGUCUCCCGCCGGCUGGGGCGGAAGGGGAGAGCGUCGCAGCGCGUGACGCAGGUGCACCGCGCCGGGCACGGGCGGUGGCAAGAUGGCGGCGGCGGCGCCGUGCUCCGUGGAGGUGGAGCGGCUGGACUUCCUGCGGGAGCGCCAUGUGCGCUUCUUCCAGCGCUGUCUUCAGAUCCUGCCCGAGCGGUACUGCUCCCUCGAGACCAGCAGGUAGCGGGACGGCAUCCGGCGCCGCCGGGGACCCGGGUGGGGGCCGGGGACCUGGCGUGGCGCUCGGGCAGCGCGGCGGGAAGGUGGGACAUUUGCCUGUCGCCAGCUCCUCCUACUCCCCCCACAGCCGUUCUUCUGUCUCCGGCGGGUGGUCGCGCUGACGGGAAACUCUUCCUGGAGAGCUGCCGCGGCUGGGGCAAGAAGCAGCAGCAGGAGCACAGCAUACCGGCCCCGUGACCGGCCGCGUCCCGCGGUGGCCGGAAGGGAGGCGCUGCCUGUAGGAUCUGUCCACCACCAGACGGCUCCUCAAAAUACGAGUGGAUGGGGGCUUCGUUUGUGGCCGGUUAAAUUUCCUGUUAUCCUCGCGGGAAGACUUGUUGAUCCCUUUAAUGUAUUUAAAGUCUGUGCUUCACUAUUGGAAGCCGAUUUUAGAAUUAAUGGCUUAAGUCUUCUGUUGGUCGAAGUCAGCAUGCAGAAGACUUUUUUUUUUUUUUUUUUAAUGUAGCAUAAAUAUUUUGAAUUUGAGGAACAUUUGUAAUGGCUUAAGGAUCCAUUUACUUAAAAUUCUUAGUCUUUAUGUAAGGUAGUUACAUCUGAGGCAUAAGAGAAUAUUUUGAUUGUCGAGCUGCACUUCAUAAAAACUUGGAGACAUGUAGAGGAUCUUACUCAACCAAUAAAAUCACCAGGUGCUUUUCACUUUGUAAUGUUUUGCAA